AUGCAAAGGAACAGAUCAGACAGCUCCUCUUAUCUUCAAAGAUACAUCCAAUCAGGUCUUCCAAUUGUCGUCAACCUGGACUUUGACGCCCGCGUCCCGAUCCCCUUCAGCAUCUUCCCAUCGUCGUACCGGAGCGACGACGUAGCAACAACCACCCAGACUCACGUCGAGGGUGAAUUCCACCUAGCACAAGAGCAGCGCGUCGGACGGGAAGGUCAAUCCUCUUUCUCCGCCAAUCUCCCUCCCCGCAACGAGCAGUUCCAGGAAGAGGUCCAUAUCACUCGUGAAGAGGAACAUCACCACCGUCCGAGCCGCAGGGAAGAUAUCUACAUCCGCGAGGAAAGAAGACCAUCCAAGCACUCCACUACCCAUAUCGACGUCGAGCUUCCACACCGCAGACAUCAUCACCACCACGAUACCACUGUCCACAUCGAAGGUCCUCAACGCCGCCGAUACGAAGGUACCCAGAUCGACGUCGCCGAGCGUGAAUAUCGUUCCCGCUUCCAACCUAGCUACCGUGAAGAGACCCGCUACGAGUCUACUGUAGACCCUCCUAGCUUCCAACCACAACAAUACCGAGAGGAAGUUCGUGUCAGCGGUACCACUGUUGAUCCUCCACGUUUCCAAGCAACACAAAGAGAACAGGUUCGCUUCACCGAAGAGACCGUCGACCCGCCUCGCUUCCAAGCUCAACGCUCCCACGUUCACGUUACCGAAGAGACCGUAGACCCUCCCCGGUUCACCCGUAAAUCAGACAAGAUGGGUUACUACGACGAAGAUGGAGGAAGUCGCUCCAGCGCUGCUCCUUUGCCAGCUUCCAUCCCAGAGCCAGCAUACACCCCCAACACCGUCACCAUCCCAUGCCACCACAUCCGCCUCGGCGAUCUCCUGAUCCUCCAAGGCCGUCCUUGCCAGGUCAUCCGCAUCACCACCUCCUCUGCUACCGGCCAGCAUAGAUACUUGGGCGUCGACCUCUUCACCAAGCAAUUGCACGAGGAGUCCUCGUUCAUCUCCAACCCAAGCCCAAGCGUUGUCGUCCAGACCAUGCUCGGCCCUGUUUUCAAGCAAUACCGAGUUCUUGACCUCCAAGACGGAUCCGGUAAGUUCCUCACUCUCCCCCUAUCACUCUAAUUAUCUUAGCAUCUGCUAACCUACCCUUUUACAGUCGUCGCCAUGACCGAGACCGGCGACGUCAAGCAAUCCCUCCCCGUCAUCGACCAAUCCAACCUCUGGUCCCGUCUCUCCGACGCCUUCGAGACCGGCCGUGGCAGCGUCCGCGUCCUCGUCAUCAGCGACCACGGCCGCGAGCUCGCCGUCGACAUGAAGACCAUCCACGGCUCUCGUCUGUAAUCAUGCUCUCUCCCUUCUCAAUUGUCCUUACAUAGCGUUGAAGGUUUAACAUCUUUCUCCUUCUCCUUCUUCUGUCAUACAUACACCUACACAAGUCACAAGCGGAGAUCUGAAUUGGAGAGAUGAGAUGAGAUGAGAUAUCACUUACAUACAUAAAACACCUGGAUGGAUUGGAUUGGAAAUCAAGCAAGCAAGCGAAAUCAAAUUGUUUUAGGCGGGUUGGAUGAAAGGAUGGAUGGAUAUGGAGUUGCAUAAUGAUGACGGUGCUGGAAGGAAUGGGCGAGUAGCUCUCAAUCACAUGGGCAAGGGAGUCAGUCACCUCAUCCAUAUCAAUCACCUGACGAUCUACUUCUUGGUCGAUGGAUCCCGCCUUCCCUCCCUCGGGUGAGGAGACGGUUGAUUAGCCGGCUUUGAGGAGGAGAGCUGAAGGGUUGGUAGAUAUGUCGGUCGAGUGUGACUUUUUCCUUCUCUGCUCGCUUUCCCCUUUCCCUUUCCUUUUUGUUUUGGUUGGUUGUUGUAUGUGUAGAUAGGGAAUGGUAGAUAUUAUCGAAACAGAAGUGAAUGAAGCAUUGAAAAAUAUAAUAAAUCUGGUCUUGUUGUGUAUGAUGCUUUGUGAUGCUUGUGAUACGUUGCGAUAUUUCCUUGCCUCCAUCCACUUCAUG